GAUUGUGCAUUCCGCUUAAAUUCCUUUACCUAAGAACUUGUGCUGCGAUGAAAAUAAAUAAACCCAAACACGAUGUUAAUCCGGAUCUCGCUAAGGAGAGGCUAAAAUGCAAUUUUAAUAUUGAAGAAGUCACGAAUAUUAUAGAUGGAGGCAAAGAUAAAACGGUGCAGAGGAAAAAAAUCGAGGACAUUGCGCUCAACAGUGGAGCUUCGCUGGACGAAGUGCCUGAAGAGUGCCUAAGUAUCAAGGAGAGGUACGAGAACGCCGUAAGGAAAUCCUGCGUUUACGGCAACCUUGUCCGGAAUGAGAUGCUGGAGAUUACGGGAAUUGAAAAUUUUGAGUCCCCCGUCCUCCGACGUACUGCAGAUGCGUUUUUCAAGGACAUCUCGCCGUUUAUGCUGCACCUCGGCAUGUUUGUGCCGACCCUCAUAGGACAGUGCACACCGGAGCAGACAGCUGAGUGGUUGCCCAAAGCUCUGGAUAUGCAGAUAAUCGGGGCUUAUGCACAGACAGAACUUGGCCAUGGAACCUUUAUCAGGGGUUUGGAAACGACGGCCACUUACAAUCCCGAAAAGGAAGAGUUUGUUCUGCACAGCCCUACUAUAACUUCUUAUAAGUGGUGGGCAGGAGGCCUUGGUAAAACCGCAAACCACUGUGUUGUGAUGGCCCAACUAUAUACCCAGGGGAAAUGCCACGGAACUCAUUUAUUCAUCGUCAAAAUUCGAGACCUGGAUACGCACAUGCCCCUCCCUGGGAUAACAGUUGGCGAGAUCGGACCAAGAAUGGGCUUCAGCAGUGCAGACAAUGGUUUCCUAAGAUUUGAUCAUUUUAGAAUACCGAGGGAGAAUAUGUUGAUGAAGCAUGCAAAAGUAGAAAAGGAUGGUGUUUAUGUAAAAUCAGCAAAGCAUGGAAAGCUGACGUACGGAACGAUGGUGUUUAUAAGAGUCACGCUCGUCAGUGAAAUGUCUUUCAACAUCUCAAAGGCUGCGACUAUUGCUAUCCGCUACUCGGCUGUAAGGAGACAAACUGAACUAAGGCCCAAUGAGCCGGAGCCUCAAAUCUUGGACUACCCGACACAACAGCACAAGUUAUUCAUAUGCAUAGCAACGGCACAUGCGUUCCAACUUACUUCAUGCUGGCUGUGGAACACCUUUCAAGCUGUCUUGGCUGAUAUGAAAAAAGGCAACGUCGAUACAUUGCCUGAGCUGCACGCAUUAUCGAGUUGUCUAAAGGCUGUGAGCACAUCAGAUGCACUAUCGCACAUAGAGCAGUGCAGAUUCGCGUGCGGUGGCCACGGGUACAUGCUCUCUUCAAACCUGCCAUUCAUCUACUCCUUUGUGGCUGCUACCAGAACCUACGAAGGGGAUUAUACUGUGCUGCUUCUGCAGACCGCGAGGUUCUUAGUUAAGGCUUCGGAGCAAGCGGAAGCUGGAAAAAAAUUAACGCAAACUGUGUCUUAUUUAAAUCGGACUGCAAAUGCUGACAGACUGAAUUGGGACAAUACUCACGAAGGUAUUAUCAAAUCCUUCCAGGUGAUUGCUGCAGGUAAAAUAGGUCAAUGUGUAAAAAGUAUACGGGAUCGAACCGCUUCUGGAAUGGACUACGAGGAUGCUUGGCUAAUGACGACUGUUCAGUUAGUCGGUGCAGCAGAGGCACAUUGUCGAGCGGUACUACUUAAUACAUACUGGAGUGAAAUGAGAAAGAUAACUGAAGCAUCGAGUGCCGACGUGAAGAAGGUGAUGCACCAAUUGGCGGUGCUAUAUCUUAUGUACUGGGCACUGGAGAAGACGGGCGAUUUAUUAAAAUAUUCAUCGGUUUCUAAAAAAGAUUUGGAUGAGCUGCAAAGACGUUACGAGGAGCUACUGGCAGAGUUGCGACCGAAUGCCGUGGGACUGGUCGAUGCCUUUGAUUUGAGAGACGAGAUUCUGCAUUCCUCUUUGGGCUCAUACGAUGGUCGUGUCUACGAAAGAUUAAUAGAAGAAGCCCAUAAAAGCCCGUUGAACGACGAACCUGUCAAUCAAAGCUUUCAUAAAUACACCAAGCCGCUCAUGCUUGGAAAGUUAUGAUUUUUACCACUGUUUAGUUUAUAGGACGAUUUCUGGAUCUCUUAACACUUUGUUUUUGAUAUUUGGGGUCCUUUGUGAAAUAUUCAACUAUGACAUUGAUGUGAACCGUUUUACAGGUAUAGGUAGUAAUGUUGCUAAUCCGAUUUUACAAGAGACCUCCCUAUUAUGAUUUUUAUGAUUUUGUGUUCUGCGAAACGCACAAUAAAACCACAGAAUUAAUAACGUACAGAACCCUCGUUCAGCCAUUAUUGCAUGGAGUGCAUUGUGUCCAAAAACAGUAAAACGGGCCUUGCGCACGUCUCUCUUCACACCCGCGGACGUUUGCUAAAAAUAAUUACUGUCAACUGCUAAAUGGAAUGAAUUAAAUAACCGCCUGUAUAAGAAACACUUUUAAAGUGGAGUGGUUCUUGAUGCAGUUGUAUACACGGUUUAUGUAUGGUCCUAAUUCUGUGAAUGAAACAAACAAUUGAUUCUUCAUUAAGUUUCAGUUUAAUGUUGUGCCGACUUGGAUACAUUGAAUUACGAACAUAUAGAAUCCUCAUUAGCCAUUAUUGUAUGCGGUGUAUUGCGUCCAAAAACAGUGAAAACGAC